AUGGAGUCUUUACCAAAGACAUGGACAAAGAUUCUUUUACUGUGUGCUGUAUUCACUGUCAGUCAAUCAGUGGAAAGAUAUGUGUGUCGUACUUGCCAAUAUCAAAGCAAUAUGAAAGAUACAUCAUGUAUAUACGAGGCAGAAAACAUGACUGAAAUACAAAAUAACGUUAAAUGUCCAGGAUUGUGUUUAAUACAAAGUAGAUGGGAUAAAGAAACUAUGUUACCAACAUUUCUACUUCGUGGCUGCUCAAAUUUACCACGCGAAACAGAAGAUGUUUGUAAUGAGGAUGUUUUGGGAUAUGAGUGUCUUUCACAGUGUAGUGGACAUUAUUGUAAUGUUGAUUUGGGACUUACUCCAGGUGGAAGUCAGAGAGCAGCAAGUCGAAAUCUAGUAGUCGCUAUGACCUUCGGUUUCAUCUUUCUUGUCAAGUAA